AUGGUGACCGGUGCUAAGACAUGGUAUCCAGGCUUGGACGAGCGCUGCGGGACUUAUCAGCUGCUCAAGGCCGAAAUCAGAGCCCAAGAAAAAUACACGAGUGAAAUGCUUCGAAUCCAACGUCUUCGCCAGCUCCAAGAGCGAUUGGGCCCUAUCGCACCAUCAUUGAGCGGAUUCAUGAGUUCACCAGCUGCUGGUCAGUUGGGUUUCCAGCGAGCUGGGAGCAGGAAUUCAAUUUCGGGAUCAAUGUACUCCUAUCCAUCAGCCAGAAUGAACCAGAAUCCAAUAAUUCCCCCUCAGAACGGUCCAAACUCCGGAAUGAAUGGCCAAUCCAAAGGAAUGGGUGGUCCCAACCAAGCUCAAAACAAAGGAGGAAAUGGUCAACAAUCCCAGGGAGGAGGGAAUGGCCAAAACCAGGGAGGAAUGAAUGGUCAAAACAAAGGAGGAAAUGGCCAAAACCAAGGAGGAAUGAACGGUCAGAACAAAGGAGGGAAUGGCCAAAACCAAGGAGGAAUGAAUGGUCAAAACAAAGGAGGGGAUGGCCAAACCCAAGCAGGAAUGAAUGGUCAAAACCAAGGGGGGAAUGGUCAAAACCAAGGUGGGAUGAAUGGUCAAAACAAAGGAGGUAAUGGUGGUCCCAACAUGCAAGGAGGAAAUGGUCAGAACCAAGGAGGAGGCAAUGGUCAGAACCAAGGAGGAGGCAAUGGUCAGAGCCAAGGAGGAGGGAAUGGUCAGAACCAAGGAGGAGGGAAGGGUCAGAAUCAAGGAGGAGGGAAUGGUCAGAACCAGGGUGGGAUGAAUGGCCAAAACAAAGGAAUGAAUGGUCAGAACAAUCUGGGGAAUGGACCUAACCAAGGAAUGAUGGGUCAAAAUAACAAAAGUGGCAAUGGUCAAAACCAAGGAAUGAAUGGCCAAAAUCAGGCAAUGAAUGGUCAAAACCAAGGCAUGAACAAAGGAGGUAAUGGUCAGAACAACGGGGGGAACAGUCAAAACCAUGGGAUGAUGGGUCAAAACAAAGGAGGGACUGGUCAAAAUCAAGGCAUGAAUGGCCAAGCCCAAGUAAUGAAUGGCCAAAACCAAGGAUCAAAUGGCCAGAACCAAGGAAUAAAUGGACCCCAGAACGCUGGCCAACAAGGUGCCAAUCAGCAAAGUGGACAAAAUACACAACAGCAAAACGCCAUGAACCAAGGAAAUUUCAACAAUGCACAGUCUUCACAAAAUAUGAAAGGUCACAAUCAAGGCCAUGCCAAUCAAUGUACUUGUGAUCCUGGUAUGCCUGGCAUUAAUACAACAGCGUCCCAUGGUUUCCAGAAAGGAAAUGACACCCCAAUUCCAGGAUUCCCGAUGAGCUAUGGUUAUAGGUCUCCUUCAAUCUUCCGAGGGGCGCUUCCCCGGACUCAAACCGAGUCGAUACUGAGUUACAGUAGCUACUCCCCCUCCAUCGGGGGGCUUAGUCGAAGAGACUCUUAUUAUGACCGCGCUUUGGAAGAGAUCGAACGCAGUGGUUAUGGAACAACCUUUCGACCGCGCAGGUCAUCCCUCAACCGCAGUCGCGCGGCAUCCGUAUCCUACUAA